AUGAUAAUGGAUAGUCAAUUGUGGGUGCGAACUCCCAACUCAAACUACCCGUCCCCGGCUGGGGUUCCGAUCGUGUGCAUACCUCUCAUGUAUAUACUGUGUUUGUCGCUUAAAAUAGCAAUGCAAGAAAGGCUUAACAAGUUCAUGGAGAAGCAUCAGAAGAGGCAGGCAACCUUUCCCAGUGUGAAAUUCUCUGGUGAUAAUGAAAGACUACAACAUAUUGAUGCCAUAGAACAGUUGCCUGUUGGAGCUCAAAUUAAGCGUGUCAUUGACUUACUCUUGGAGACAAGGAAAGCUCUUACGCCAGAGAAGAUCAACCAAGCAUGCAAUGUAGAUAUAAGUAGCAACAAGGUUGUUUUCGAAAGUUUGAAGAAUAAUCCUAAAGUGAAUUACGACGGAAAGUGCUUCUCUUACAAGAGGAAGCAUGAUUUGAAAGGAAAAGCAGAACUGCUUUCUCUGAUAAGGAAAUUUCCUGAUGGCAUUGCUGUUGUGGAUGUCAAGGAUGCAUACCCAACAAUCAUGGAGGACUUGAAGGCUUUGAAGGCAGCAGAUCAAAUAUGGAUUGUGACCAAUAUGGACUCAAAGGAGGACAUUGCAUAUCCGAACAAUCCGAAAGUGAUGAUGACAGUGGAUGAUGAUUUGAAGCAGAUGUUCAGAGGGAUUGAACUGCCGAAAGACAUGGUCGACAUCGAGAAAGAGCUCCAAAUGGCUGGCAUGAAGCCUGCAACAAACAGUACCCAGCGCCGUGCCGUGGCACAAAUCCUUAUCAAAAACACUCAACCAAAGCCCAGAAAAUGUCGGCAACUUAACCGGAGGUCCAAGCUCACCAAUGCUCAUCUUCCAGAGCUUUUCCCAGGAUAUCAGUGCAUUCAGAUUUUGAAAUAUCAACCUGUCCAUAAAUGGCUUUCUGUUAGUUAGUGAAUGUAACAAUGGAAGUCAUUUUAACUUUAUUAUGUUGUGU